UAGUCACAACAUAACUCGAGCUACUCCGUCCUGCUUCGGCGUCCGAGUUCGUCUAACCAACCUCACUCUUUCUUCCUUCUUUUGAUUUUGAAGCGCAACAGCGAUGGCCGAGGCAGAGGAUGCCCUACGACGCCGUAAUGCGGUUGCGGAGUAUAGAAAGAAACUUCUUCAGCACAAGGAACUGGAAUCCAGAGUCCGAUCCGUGAGGGAGAAUUUGCGUGCUUCAAAGAAAGAGUUCAAUAAAACAGAAGAUGAUUUGAAGUCUCUUCAAAGUGUUGGGCAGAUCAUUGGCGAAGUUCUCAGGCCUCUUGACAAUGAACGAUUGAUUGUUAAAGCAAGCAGCGGUCCCAGGUAUGUGGUUGGCUGUCGCAGUAAAGUUGAUAAGGAAAAAUUGACUUCUGGAACAAGGGUGGUUCUGGAUAUGACAACACUCACCAUAAUGCGAGCACUUCCUCGUGAAGUUGAUCCCGUUGUGUACAAUAUGCUGCAUGAAGAUCCUGGUAAUGUCAGCUACUCAGCCGUUGGUGGUUUGUCUGAUCAGAUAAGGGAAUUGAGGGAGUCCAUUGAACUACCUCUGAUGAAUCCUGAGCUCUUUCUACGAGUUGGAAUUAAACCACCAAAGAGUGUUCUGCUUUAUGGUCCUCCUGGUACUGGUAAAACAUUGUUAGCCAGGGCAAUUGCUAGUAAUAUUGAUGCUAACUUCCUAAAGGUUGUUUCAAGCGCCAUAAUUGAUAAGUACAUUGGAGAGAGUGCCAGGUUAAUCAGGGAGAUGUUUGGCUAUGCACGUGAUCAUCAGCCCUGCAUCAUUUUUAUGGAUGAGAUUGAUGCCAUUGGUGGUCGUCGAUUCAGUGAGGGAACAAGUGCUGAUCGUGAGAUUCAGAGAACCCUAAUGGAGCUGCUUAAUCAACUUGAUGGAUUUGAUCAACUUGGAAAGGUUAAAAUGAUAAUGGCUACAAACCGACCUGAUGUACUUGACCCUGCUCUCCUCCGUCCUGGAAGAUUGGAUAGAAAAAUAGAAAUCCCUCUGCCUAAUGAGCAAUCAAGAAUGGAAAUUCUCAAGAUUCAUGCUGCUGGAAUCGCCAAGCAUGGUGAAAUAGACUAUGAAGCUGUUGUGAAGCUUGCAGAGGGAUUUAAUGGGGCUGAUCUUCGAAAUGUCUGCACAGAAGCUGGAAUGUCAGCAAUUCGUGCUGAGCGUGAUUAUGUGAUCCAUGAAGAUUUUAUGAAGGCUGUUAGGAAAUUGAACGAGGCAAAGAAACUUGAAUCCAGUGCACACUACAAUGCGGAUUUAGGUAAAGACUAGAAUCUAUGCAAAAUUCCUGCAGAGCCAUGGAUAUAUCUAGGCAGUGCAUCUGGAGUUGGAAAUACCUCGGGCAAGUAAACUGAAUUCAUAGAGCUAAGCGUGAUUUUCCCUUUGGGUUAUGGUUUGUGUUAUCCGAAUUUUAAAUUUGGAAGGAUAACUUAAUCAAACGGUAAAGGGAUGUUCAAUUGAAUCGUAUUUUAUCGUUGCCCCUCCGAACCCCUUUUAUCUGGAUUGUAUUAGUGUGACUCACAUGUUAUACUGGAUCUUCAUGUGCACAAUUUCUUUUAUAUCUAAAAAAUUAAAAUUGCUUAAUUUUGCA